CGCGCUGCGGCUGCAUUUGCUGCGAGACCGGGAGCGCGGCCCCGAGCCAAAACACUGCAGGAUGCAGUAGAGAGCUUGGGUCGCUGCCUGAUGGCUGUGGUCAAAUUGCCUGAAAGUGAACAAAUUGAAGCUGAACCCAGAUGGCUUCUGCGACAGACGCUCGCUAUGGUCAGAAAGAAUCCUCAGACCAGAACUUUGACUAUAUGUUCAAAAUCCUCAUCAUUGGCAACAGCAGUGUGGGCAAGACAUCCUUCCUCUUUCGGUAUGCCGACGACUCCUUCACCCCGGCCUUUGUCAGCACUGUCGGCAUUGACUUCAAAGUAAAGACGAUCUACCGCAACGACAAGCGCAUUAAACUGCAGAUCUGGGACACGGCAGGUCAGGAACGAUACCGGACCAUCACCACUGCCUACUACCGGGGCGCUAUGGGCUUCAUCCUGAUGUAUGACAUCACCAAUGAAGAAUCAUUCAAUGCUGUCCAGGAUUGGUCAACCCAGAUCAAGACCUACUCAUGGGACAAUGCCCAGGUGCUGCUGGUGGGCAACAAGUGCGACAUGGAAGACGAAAGGGUGGUGUCUUCGGAGAGAGGUCGCCAGCUCGCUGAACAUCUGGGAUUUGAGUUCUUUGAGGCCAGCGCUAAGGACAACAUCAACGUGAAGCAGACCUUUGAGCGGCUGGUGGACAUCAUUUGUGAAAAGAUGUCCGAGUCCUUAGAUGCGGCUGACCCAGCAGUGACCGGGGCCAAGCCAGGUCCCCAGCUGACUGACCAACCGGCCCCCCCACACCAGGAUUGUGCCUGUUAAGAGACUUUGGUGUGGUACCCCCAGCCCCUCCCCCGCCCAGAGCCCAUGGCACUUGAACUCCCCCCCCCCCCAUGUAGUCGCCCCAGUGCUUAUCCUUUUAUCAAGCCAGAGUGAGGCUGACCUGUUGUUUGGGUCUUGUGGCUCUGUCCUUGUAUUGAGGGGGAGGGAAAUGACUUGUGUGUGGGGAUGCCCCCUUCCUUUCUCUUGUGGGCCCAGCAGAGCAAUCUCGUUACGGAGAGGAAGAUCUUUUAACUGUUAGACUGAUUUAGUUUAUUUAUAGGGUUUUUUUUAAAAAAAAAAACCUCCCCACACUUACCAGUUGACUCUUCUUCCCUGCAGUUUUUCUUUGUACUGCCCCCCAUGGGUUGGUAUUGGCAAAGGGUGACUUGACCUCUGAUUAUCAUACUGUUGUUUAUGUCUAGCACAGGAAGAGGAUUUUCUUGGGAAUGGUGUCCCCUCCCCCCCCUCCCCCAUCUAAAGGGGAAGAUAUCCAUAGCUGAGGCUUCUCAAGCGGGAGACAAGCCAGGUUUCCGAAGCGAGGCACAUUUGGGCAAGCAAGGUUAUCUUCCAGCUCUGGCCAGUAGCUCUGGCCCUUCCUCUUGCUGCCUUCUCUGUGCGUGCAGCCUCCCUCCCCCUUGCACCCCUCUGCCAGUAGUCAGCUGUGGGCUCCAUCUGGUGUUGCAGUGACUCCCCAGGGGGACCCUGGCAGUUGUUAGCUCUGCUCGUUGAGGGUUCUGCCAUGCAGACUGUUAGCCCGGCUUGGUCAGGCUCUACCACUCCAGCCUGCAGCUGACAGCUUGUGCGGCUGAAUGUCCUUCAAAGUGUCCGUGGGAUAAGGUUAAAUUUCAGCAUUCUCCACACCGCCUGGUGGUCUUGUUUCAAUCAAGGGUUUCCCCUCUUACUUUUUGAGGGGAAAUGUUGCUGGCUGCCCAGUUGGCAACUACACAGCCUGCUCUUUCACCCUGGCUUACUGAACCUGGCAGGGAACAGACCUAUGCCUUGUUCUUUGCUUUCCAGGCCAAUUAUGUUCUCCCCAAUGGAGGCUAGCUCUGCUCUUGCCCCUUCUUGGCCUGUCUUCCUGUGUUUACAGAAGGGGGGGAGGAAACAAUCUCUCUAUAUUCCCUGUAAAUAAGAUUCUGUGUGUGUGUGUGUAUUUUUUUGGUGUGUGUAUGUGUGGAAGUCCUCAUUGCUGUGCUGUGGCCGUGCUGUGCUGGUGGUGUUUAUUUAUGAUUUUUUAAAAAGACUGCUGGUUUUUAAGUUGCUUGUGAGUUGUCAUAAAAUAUAUAAUAUAGGAAAUAUAUUUAACAGGGAAACUGUUGGGGGGGCACUAUUGGCCACAGCGGCGCAGAUGGACAAGGGCCCACUUCUUUUUUGACAAUGACCCCACCCCCAACCAUUUGUGCUGUUCCUGGAGGAGGGGGCUGCUGCUUGUCCCUAGCCCCCCUGUCCUGCCCCCUCCCCAUGCCUGCAUACAUUUUUCUUGCCUAGAAGUGUGCAUUCAGUGGCUGAAUCCUCUUGAUGACCAACCCCACUGUUACAGACUCCUUGCCCUAUUGUGCCCCCCCCCCAAUAUUUUAUUCCUACAGGGUUUUGUUUGUUUUGUUUUAACAGAUACUCCAACACAAAUUGUAUCCUUCCCUGCAUACACACCCCGUUUGGGGGCAAGUUUACUUCUAUGGAAUUAAAAAAAACAGCUGUACUGUAUUUAAGAAACUGUCAGAAGUGUCAAAAUCAAUUUCCUAAAAAACAAUAUGACAAAAAAAAAUCACUGUACUAAGGCGAUAUUGUGGAGAAAUAAAACAGCUGAUUACAA